AUGGCAUUUCUUCUCCUCUCGACGACCUUCGCCCUCAGCAUCACCUUCUCAGCAGCACAGACCAUAACAGUACCAGGCCUUCCCACGAGUCUUGCACCCACUGCAACCCCCGUCACGGCCAUCAUCUCUGCGGUCUCAUCUGCCUUACCAUCUCCCGAACUUGGCGACCCCUUCUCCCUCUCCACAUAUCCUGCAUGCGCGCUCUCCUGCAACACCGACGUCAACAACACUGUCUCCUACGACACGAGCAACAUCCAAUACCUCUGCAGCGCCGACUACCGGAGCCGCACAUCAGCGUGCCAGAAAGUGACGUGCAGUUCCAGCGACUAUGACAAAAGCACACUCCUCGGCGCAGAAGUUUGCGGCGCGCUUUACAACAAUGACACCGCACUAGGCUCCUCAGUAUCUUCAGCCAUCGCCUCAGCGACCGCGUUCGCCGCGAAUGCGGUGGCGAACAAAGACCCAACAAAACAGGCAGACUAUCCCCCAUGCGCCGUAAUCACCUCAUACCUCGGCGACCAGCUCUACUUCACAUGCCCUCCCGCUUCGGAAGUAUCGUACGGAGAUGGCAAUUUCGCAGAACCGCAGCCUACAGACUUCAUCUGUGCUUAUAAUUGGAAGCCUCGCGGGAUCGCACUGACCAAGAUCGAUACCCUCAUAGUCAUGGUCGAAGCCUUGUCGUUACUCGCCCUGCAAGAUUUCAAUAAGGACCAAGAGACUUUCCGCUUCUCAAAUCGCGAGUUGUUGAUUCGCUUGUCCAGUACGAGGGUCCCAGACGUUCCAGGAUUCACAAUCAAAGAGAUGCUGUGGGCAAUCCGGACUACGGCUUGCUAUUUUCAAACAGAAGAUCGAUAUGGAGAGAUCAAUUGGGCAAUCAAAUACAGCGGCUAUCCUCACAUGGGCGUCGGGCAGCUCGCUUUCGAUCCUACUCCCCCGCAGGAUGGACCGAAUAUGACCUCUUUCUCGAACGCUACUGCCGGUGGCAUUGCGAUCACGGAUGUCAAGGUCCUUCCUGACGGACCCACCUAUCCUGCAGCUACCGUCUAUUCCGUAAUGAUGAACCUGAUCAUUGCUGAAGCGGAGAAGCCCAACGGCGAGUCUUUCCUCGCAGUCACUGGUUACGAUCGCGGUAGUGAUGCCUCAAUUGGCAUUGGAGCCACCAGUGUUGCGGCCGCCAAUCGUUUCACUCAUGGGGCCGUUAAGUUGGCAAUCGCCGACCUGGCGAUAAAAAUGUCACUAGUACCCCAUCCAUACAGGUGGAGGCAGUGCACUUUCUUGAUUCGCAUCAAUGGCAGGAUUAUCGGGAGAGGCGCUUUUGGUCCUGGGCGUCCUGAUGCUGAUAUGUUCAACAAGGUGGACAAUACGACGGUAGCACCAGUGAACAUCCAGUAA